UACACACUUGUUGCAAAGAGGAAGAGGGUUAGAAGAAAGCUAAGGUUGACGACAUGGCCGUCGUGGGGAGGAUGAGGCUCGAUCUGACGGUGAUCGUGGCGGCGCUCGUGCUGCUGGCGGUGCUCGGCGAGGCGCGGCCGCUGGGGGGCGCCGACUGGGCGGCCGCCGGAGGGACCCCGCUGCCGGCCGCGGGCGGCGCGUCGAACGUGGUCCAGGCGCUCCGGCGGCUGUACAUGCAGCAGCUGGGCGGGCCGGGCCCCUCGUGCGGCACCAACAGCCCAAACGUCCACUGCCCGUAGAUGGCCGAGGCCGAGCGCCGCAGCUCGGCCGGCGUACGUCCUCUCGUGCUUCAAGUUCCAACGUGUUUUUGGCGGCCCCAGGUGGUAGGCUCUGGUGAGCGACCGUAGGAUUGGAUUCGUUGCUUGGUUUGUUGGUGAUUUUUGCCCACGCGUACGUGUACGCUGGUUGGCACUUUGUACAUACAUACAGGAGAAAGGAUACACAUAUAGUACGUAGGAUUCUGUUUGAAUAAAACAUAGGCAAGCUGCAGAAGCAUCAGCAAUACAUUUGUAUUUAAAUUACAUUUGUAAA